AUGAGCACCAAAAUCCCCCUCAUCACACUCGAGGAGCAUUUUAUCUCGCAGGCAGUCCUCGACUACUAUGCCUCGCAAGGCGUCGACACGAGUCUGCCGGACUCCAUGGCCCACAUUAUGACUGCUCUCCGAGAAGUCGGCCCCAAGCGUCUCCAGGCUAUGGAUGGUGGCCGCAUUAGUCUUCAAGUCAUCUCUCAUCGACCCAACACCAUCCCCGUCCCGCCGGAGGUCUGUACAAAGGCGAACAACGAGCUAUACGAAGCCAUCAAGGCGUCGCCUUCCCCCAACCGCUUCGCAGCCUUCGCUAUGCUGCCAAUGCUUUACCCGGAGGAAGCGGCAAAGGAACUCGACCGGUGCGUCUCACAGCUCGAAUUCGUGGGCAGUCUCAUCGACAACACGGCCAACGGGCGCUACUACGACGAUCCCUUUUUCUGGCCCAUCUUCGCCGCCCACGAGAAGCUCGACGUCCCCGUUUAUCUCCACGCGAUACCGCAACCAAUCACCGAGGCCACGCCAGCGCCAUCGUUCCACGGGAACUAUUCGCCGCAAGUCUCCAACUUCCUCGCCAACCACGGGUUCCACUGGCACAGCGACGUGGCGCUGCACGUCCUCCGGCUGUUCGCGAGCAAACUCUUCGACACGCAUCGACACUUGAAACUUCUCCUGGGCCACAUGGGCGAGACGCUGCCCUUUCUGAUCGACAGAAUCCAUAAGCUCAUCCAGAAGACCUGGCCGCAGGCCUCGAAACCGAGGCGCCAUCUUUUGCAAGUCUGGCACGAGAACAUCUACAUCACGACGGCAGGCAUGUUCAGCCUGGCGCCCAUGGCUUGCCUGAUCCACAUGUGCUGCGCCGACAAGGUGCUGUACAGUGUAGACUAUCCGUUUUGCAGCCACGAAGAUGGCCUGAAGUUCAUGCAUGGGUUGAGAGAAAGUGCAAUGAUCAACAACCAGGACUUUGAAGCAAUCGCGUACAAAAACGCCGAGAGACUGCUCGACAUCAAGGUGCCGGACGACAACGACGUGGGGAUGGAGAUCGAAGACGACGGCCAAGGCAGCGAGGCCGACCGCCGAAGCAUGCCCUGGCUGCAACUGACGAACACGGCCAGCUCGGGCAGCGGCAGCCUCAACGGCGACGCCGGGGCGGCCUUUCCGCACAGUCCGCUCGAGACGGUCAGGGAGGAGAAGUAG